AUGCGACUCACACAAUCGUCAUUCUUUCUAAAAAAAAUCAAUUGCCUGAAGAAAAAUGAAUCUCUGCCGGACUCUAGCAAAUUAAUCACUUUAAGUCCAUAUUUGGAUGAUCAAGGAAUAUUGAGAGUAUACGGUAGACUUCGUCGGUCCCCCUUACUUUUAGAUCAGCUUCACCCUAUACUUUUGCCUGCUAAUCACCAUAUCACUCGGCUUAUCAUCCGCGAGGAACACAUGCGACUCAUGCAUGCUGAGGUUCAGGAAACCUUGUAUUCAGUUCGCCAAACAUAUUGGCCGCUUGACGGGCGAAAUAGCGUAAGAAAGGUUAUUCACGGUUCCCUUCCCUGUUUUCAUACAAAACCUCGUCUAGCUGAUCAUGGACCAGGUCCUUUACCUGACUACCGCGUUGUGCCUUCGCGACCUUUUUUGAAAACGGGUGUUGACUACUGCGGCCCACUGUACAUUAAAGAAAAGCGAUUCCGUAAUCGGAAUAAACUCAAGGUCUACUUUGCAGUUUAUAUUUGCAUGGAGCUUAUUUCCGAUCUUACUACGGAAGCUUUUUUGGCUAGUAUUAAGCGCUUUUUUGCUAGGAGAGAAAAGUCCCUUGAAAUCUUUUCUGACAACGGCACCAACUUUGUCGGCGCUGACCGUGAGCUGCAAGCCUUAUUCAAUUCAGCUGAUUAUCAAACCGCUAUAAAACAACAUUUUGAUAAAGAAAGAAUCACUUGGCAUUUCAUACCACCCCGAGCUCCUCAUUUUGGAGGACUUUGGGAAGCUGCAGUCAAAUCAUUUAAAAAACGUUUACUCCGCACUGACGGAGAUACAUUGCUUACAUAUGAACAAUUAGAAACAUAUAUAAUUGAGAUCGAAACGAUAUUGAACUCUCGUCCUUUAUCCCCUUUAUCCUCGGAUCCCAACGACCUUUUGCCUUUGACUGCCGGCCACUUCCUCACUGGUGCUCCAUUGAUAAGCUGUCCAGAGGUUGACUUCAUUAACACUUCAUCUAACCGAUUGUCUGCCUGGCAACAUGCGCAGAAAUUAAAGCAGCACUUUUGGGAUUGCUGGCAUAAGGAAUAUCUAAAUAACCUUAUUAGCUCGCAUCAACGUUCUGAAUCAACUAGCAGGACUCAAGUUGGAGAUAUGGUUCUGAUCCAUGAAGAUUGGUCUAUUGGUAGAAUCACCGCAAUCCAUCCAGGAGAAGACGGCAUUGUGCGUGUAAUGACUCUAAAAACCAAAAGUGGAGAGUGCAAGCGCUGUACUAAAACAUUUUGCCCUCUACCCUUCAAUUAA